AUGAGAGCAUUACACAUGCAUGGGCUUGAUGUUCUGAUCAAUCCUUUGUUCCUGUUGUUCAAAGUGGACCCCAAAGGAGAAGAAGACACAGCAAAGAAGUUAUCACCAAGCAGUCACAGAAGCCCAGAAGCAAACCUGGAGGUGCGACAUGAAGAAAGCUGGAACCAUGCUGACCUUGUGCACUGCGGAGAUGCAGACUCCGCUCCUGGAAAUCCCACGGUUAAUGCAAAAGAAGGAGAUGGGGGUCCCCAAAUCUGCCGUGUAUGUGGGGAUAAGGCCACUGGUUAUCACUUCAACGUCAUGACAUGUGAAGGAUGCAAGGGCUUUUUCAGGAGGGCCAUGAAACGCAAUGCCCGGCUGAGGUGCCCCUUCCGGAAGGGCACCUGUGAGAUCACCCGGAAGACCCGGCGGCAAUGCCAGGCCUGCCGCUUGCGCAAGUGCCUGGAGAGUGGCAUGAAGAAGGAGAUGAUCAUGUCUGACGCAGCCGUGGAGCAGAGGCGGGCCUUGAUCAGGAGGAAGAAGCGAGAACAGAUCAGAACACAGUCCCCAGGAGCCAAGGGCCUGACUGAAGAGCAGCAGAUGAUGAUCAGGGAGCUGAUGGACGCUCAGAUGAAAACCUUUGACACUACUUUCUCCCAUUUCAAGAAUUUCCGGCUGCCAGAGGUGCUCAGCAGUGGUCGUGAGAUCCCAGAGUCUCUGCAGACUCCAUCACGGGAAGAAGCUGCCAAGUGGAGCAAGAUCAGGGAAGAUCUGUGCUCACUGAAGGUCUCUCUGCAGCUGCGGGGAGAAGACGGCAGCAUUUGGAACUACAAACCCCCAGCCGACAGCAGUGGGAAAGAGAUCUUUUCCCUGCUGCCCCACAUGGCUGACAUGUCAACCUACAUGUUCAAAGGCAUCAUCAACUUUGCCAAAGUCAUCUCCCACUUCAGGGACUUGCCCAUCGAGGACCAGAUCUCCCUGCUGAAGGGGGCCACCUUUGAGCUGUGCCAGUUAAGGUUCAACACGGUGUUCAAUGCAGAGACUGGGACCUGGGAGUGUGGCCGGCUAUCCUACUGCUUGGAAGACCCUGCAGGUGGCUUCCAGCAGCUUCUCCUGGAGCCCGUGCUGAAGUUCCAUUACAUGCUGAAGAAGCUGCAGCUGCACAAGGAGGAGUACGUGCUGAUGCAGGCCAUCUCCCUUUUCUCCCCAGACCGGCCAGGUGUGGUGCAGCGCGGCACGGUGGACCAGCUGCAGGAGCAAUUCGCCAUCGCCCUGAAGGCCUACAUCGAGUACAAUCGGCCCCAGCCCGCCCACCGGUUCCUGUUCCUGAAGAUCAUGGCUAUGCUCACCGAGCUCCGCAGCAUCAACGCCCAGCACACCAGGCGGCUGCUGCGCAUCCAGGACAUCCACCCCUUUGCUACCCCGCUCAUGCGGGAGCUGUUCAGCAUCUCAGACGGCUGAGCGCCUGCCCCGCAGGCUCGCUUCCCCGGGGCGGCCACAGCCAGAGCCCUUGGGGCCAUCGCUCCUGGGCCGAGACAGACGGACAUCGCUGAGAGCCGACCAUGCCCUACGGGUCCUGCCUUCUCAGGGAACUCACGACUGCUCUGAUGACACCGGCUAGCAGGUCUCAGGAAGGGGACAUGCCCCCCCCCCAGCCCCCUGCUCAGGCUGUGGAGAGCAAAGCCCUAGACCCUUAUAUGGAGAGUGCACUGGCCUAUGGGUCAGGCCCACGAAGAGGCAAGGCCACUAUCCCCUUAGAAAAGGCCCUGUGGUCUGGGGACUCAGUGUUGUGGUGGGAGAAGGGAAUGGGUGACCAGGGCUGGGCCAUCGGACAGUCUGUACCCACACCCAAGUUCAUUGGCUUCUUGGGUCUUUUUGCCGUUACUUCUGGUACUUGUCUCCUACUUCCCCCUCACUCUUACCUCGCAGCCUUCUGUCCUGAGCUGCUUGGUGAGCUCCAGGCCUGUGUCGAUCAGCAGGGGCGUUAGUGUCUCUGGGAGUUUUCUAGAAAGAAGCCGAAAGCCUGCACCAAAUGUCAGGAGCUUGUCACGAUCACUCCACGUAUCCAUUCUUCCCUCCUUCCGGCCACCUCAUUCCGUGUGUCUGCAUCCAUUCAAACGCAUUAUUAAGUACCAACAAUAUGCAACCUGCUGUGUGGUAUACACGCUAACUCAUACAUGGAUCCUGACCUCAGAAAAUGUUUAGUUCAGGAAAGAAACCAAAGCAGAAACACAAACAACUUCGAUCAAAAGGAGAAGGGACAGGUGAAGGCAGCUGAUGAAGACAUUUCUUUGCGUGGAUCUAAGCUAGGUGGAGGUUCUACAUGCACCUGGGGACCCAAGUGCGGGGGUCCUUGGGACAUGUGUCCGCAGGAGGAAGGCACUGACUGGCUGUGUGCACAUGUGUGUGACUUGGUGUAGGUCUGCUCCACGUCUGCACUGGGACUUGGGUUUGCUCCUGAGGCUGGAACACUGGCGUGUUGUGACGAGGCUACGUUGACAGGCAGUUAAUAAACGUGCUAGAUAUGCAUGCACCGUAUGUUCUUGUUUACAGAUCUAUUUUCAAAGCUAAAGAGCAUGGAAAUGUCUGCUCUGUUUUUAUCAUUUUGAGUAAAAACGUUUUUGCUUUUUCUGCCAAUUACAUUUAAACUCAUUUUACACACCUAAGAACAAAACUUAGCAAAUAUGUUCCUGGGUUUAAUGUCAGCUCAAGGCAAGAGGACUUAAGUAACUUUCCGCUA